UUCUCUGGCCCACACUAUUCUCUAGUAGAAAAGAAAACAAAUAACGUCUACCAACAAAGCAAGCAUAAAAAUAGUUUUUUUUUUUGGUUUUUAUUUAUUUUUUUUCGUUUUGUGUUAAUUUUUUUUUCUCCAAUGCGUUUUUAAACGUCUCAAGUCUUUGUUUGUAAUUGCAAUUACGGUUGUGUUCCCAAAAAUUAUAAAAAUAUCCGUAGUGGUUUGAGUUUUCUUUUUGUUUUGGAUGACACUCAAGAGUUCAAGAGUGUGGUGGAUGCCGUCAUCAUAAAACAUCGUCGUCGUAACCAACAACAUCACAUUGUUUAUGCAAAUUUCUAAUUUUUGCAAAUAAUAGUUCCGCAACGUAGCUUCCUCCGCCUGGAAGUUUCCUUUGGGGCAUUGAUACCAAAUGUCUUUGCGCGCUAUCAAAAAGCGCGAGAAUCAAUUGUUGCCCCCUUCUGCUGCGAGUGCAGCAAACGGAAGGACAAGUUUGUUUCGAAAACUGACCAAAACAAUUAAGGGUGCGCAACAACAACAGCAGCAGCAGCAAGGUGUAGUGAGCCGUACAACGGCUGGCGAAGGGGGUUCCUUGCAAACGUCGAUUAAAAAACAAAACAACCAUUCACUGAGUAAUCUAAGGCAACAACACAAAUUACUGGGACGUUUAACGCAAUCGAACCCGGAAUUUGGUGAACCUUCGGAAACAUUGAGACGUUUGGAGGCCGCCCGUUUGGUAAGAACCAAAUCCGAGGGGGAUAUCGAUAAGCUGCUGAGUAGCCAAAAUCAAUUAAAACAAGGUGCUUUGCUGAAUGCCAAAUCGGAGGUCUGUCUCAAAACCAUUUCCACACACAGCUAUCAAGCUUCUACUGCCAGUAAUACGAAUAACAACAACAACAACGCCAAACGUUUGUCACAAUCGGCAAUAAUACCACGUCAGGCGCAACAAUCUAACACAAGCAUGUUAAGUGGUGCAAGAUCCCAUCGUGACCUAACCCAAUCGUCAUAUGCCUCUUCAUCACACCAUCACAUCGAUGUACUGUGCUCCAGUGGCGGCGGUGGGGUAGGUGUUCCCUCGCAAAGACGCAUGAGUGAGGGCAAUUACAAGAGAAACCAACGUACAAAUUCAAUGUCCACAAGUGAAAUGACUUCCUCAUCGAUCAGCGGAUUGGGUCAUACAGUUCCACCCGUUGAUCCAAAUAGUAUACUGCGUAUACCCAUCAUUGGUUAUGAGGUCAUGGAGGAAAGAGCCCGUUUCACUGUCUACAAAUUGCGUGUGGAAAAUCCUCAUACAAAUGAUUGCUGGUUGGUCCUAAGACGCUAUACCGAUUUUGUGCGUCUCAAUACCAAGCUGAAGCAAUCAUUUCCUCAUCUCACGCUGAAUUUACCGCGCAAAAAGAUUUUCGGCGAUAAUUUCAAUUCAGUGUUUUUGGAUAAUCGCAUACAAGGCCUGCAAAUGUUUGUAAACUCCAUCAUGAGCAAAGAGGAAUUGAGAAAAUGCCAAUUGGUGAGGGAGUUUUUCUGUCUAGACGAACCGCCAUCAUAUUCCGAAUCCAUGGAGGAGUGUAGGGCAAUAUUCGAAGCACAAGAGGAAACAAUUGCUCAUUUAAAAAUGCAAAUAAACAAUAAAAAUGAUUUGAUAUUACAGCUACAGCAGAAAUUGCGUGAUGUCCAUCAGGAGAAGGAGCAAUUGAAAGAUAUGCUAAGCACCCUAAAUAUAAAUCCCACAAAUGGAAAUGCCUAAGAAUAGGAGCAAGAAAUACAUAACACUGAAUCCCACAAACAUAAACACACAAUUUUUAGUUAUAAUUUGAUAAAAAAAAGGAUGACAGCUAACUUUGGGCCUCUAUUUUAAAACCACCCAAAGUGAUUGUAAAAGGUGAAGCAAAACGGUGUCUACAAAUACUUCAUUUUGUUAAGAGGAAAACUUGGUUUUUGAUAUACAAACAAAUUAUGUUGAGCAUAAUUCUUUUAGUAUAUCUUCACCACACACAAAAGGAAACCCUAUACAAAAAGCCUUUAGCUUCCUUUUUCUCUUUAGUUUAAUAAAAAAAAAAAAACAAAUAUAUAAGUGAUAUUAUAUGCUACUACUAUAUACAUUGCAAAUAAAUUAGUAGUAUUUUCUUUAUAUCUGUAGGUAGCUAUAUUUCUUUUCAUUGCUAUCUCGAAAAUAUCCACCUUUGUGUAAAGAACCAAAUUAUUCUCAAAACAAAGUUAUCCUAUUUUUUUAUAUUUAAAAGUAUUUGCUUGGAAGGAAAAUAGUCAACUAUGUAUUUGUUUUUCUGCAACAUUGAAUCUUCUGUAUACACCAUCAGUAACCUGUAAUAACAUUAAGACUAAUUUUAAUAUUUUUGUAAUUUGUAAUUAGUAAAUUUAAACUUAAGUUGUGCAAGAGUGAAAGAAAGAUAAACAAUAUAUAUUAGAGCAAUAAACAAACAAAAAAUAAAAGUGACCUUAUAUCCAAAAAACAAACAUAAAGAUGUAUGUAUGUAAAUUUCGUACUCGAAAGACUAUUUACUGCUCGCAUGCAUAAGAGAAAAAACAUCAACAAAUUGUACACAAAUGAUAUAUUUUUUUAAUAUAUAUUUAGCUGCAAAAUAUUAUUAAUAAAAGUAUUACUCAAAAAUGAAAUAGUAAUUAAAAUAAAUGCAA